AUCUGGUGUCAUUGAUCACUGAUUGAGGCUCCAGGACUUCCCCCGACAGCCCUUCGCGAGAGUUAGCAACAUAUCGGAUCUAUUGAUCACACAGAUUCGAGUUUCUCAAUCUAUGUUACACAGGAAGAAGCAAUACUUCUAGGGCUUUCUACUCAAUUGAAGAACUCAUUAGCCAAUCGCUAGAACCCAUUAUGCAUGCUAUCGAUAAUCUCAGCCCUCCGUGUUACCAUGUUGGCUCGGCACCAGCGCACAAUAUUUCUAGAGAUAUAAUUCCCCUUUCUCUGUCAUCAAAUCUUUCUCUUGUGUCAACCAUCCCCUCAAUGACAAUGUCUUCCCAGCGCGCGAGCUUCACAUCGCUCUCGAACGAGCUGAUAGCUCAAAUCUUCGAACUCAGCCAUGUCUCAGAUCAUUCCAACCUCGCAAUGACAUGCCGUCGUCUCAAUGAAGGUGGCCAGCCCACACUGAUCCGACACCAGAAGGCUUUCCAAGAAUACAACCUCGUGUCCGAUUUUUUGCCUCUGACUAUACCCUCAGUUCUACAGAAGGUUGUUCGAGACCCAUAUGUUGCCUGGAAUAUACGUUCCAUCGAGAUCUGGGGCGAUCGUCCGAGCUGGCGUUGCUGGGGAGCGUUCCGGCUCGAAGAGCCAGAAAACAGAGUAUAUAAUAGGUUAGAAUGGCCACCGUACUUUGAGAGCCCGACCGUUGAAGACUGUAUCCCGUCCGAUGAAGACCUAGAGCUGUAUCUGAAUCUCUUGAAAGAACAAGCUCAUUUACCCCCAAUGGAAGUGGAAGAUGUGAGAGAAAGUCAUUUCCUUGGAGGGAUAGAUUGCUACUACAAGCUGCUAUUGAUUCUGCUAUGCCCUCGUCUGCGUAGUCUGAAAAAUUUGAGACCUGAAGACAAAGGAUAUAAUUGUGACGAAGCCAGUCCUUCUAUACAGGUGGUCUCCGAAGCCAUUGCGAGGAGCUGGUACCUUGAUUCAUGGGCACCUGGUCUCCGAAGUCUCCGAGAAGUCGCCCUCGGCCUCCAAGCCGACUUGUGGUUUCAAUUCAAUGAGGAGUUCCAACGCUGCAAGAAUCAAGCAUACAGCGACAUAGUCUGUCGAAGAAUAACUAUAUUACCAUGCGUUGAAUAUGUAUACUUCGAAUGCAUAGAACUGUCCUUAUUCUCGGACGGACCCACCCUGAGGGACUUGGUAUACGACUUGUUCGAUACAAUUCGCUAUGUCAACUAUGAGACGGUUUAUUCUUCCAUCGAACAUAUUUUCCUGGGUGGCGUUGCCGACCCCGUUAACGACCCUGCCACCUCUGCCACCGACAGAAGACCGACAAUCCGCGAAAACCCGGAAACCUUGUUUACAAAUAUUAAGGCUCUCAAAUCUCUCACUGUGGGUGAAUAUUCGGACGGAUUCUCUUGGACAAAGUUGUCCAAACUGUCCGUCAGCGUCAUUCGAUUUAUAGAAACGGGCUUCCACAUCUUUGAUCUAACCCCAGCGAAGAUGCGACGAGCAUUAGAUUAUAGGAAUGAUUUAAAGGUAUUAUUCAAGGACGUCGUUAAAACUGCAUUUCCUACUAGCUCAGAAGUGAUCUUUUUGCAAAAGGCCUUCAGUGAGUAUAAGAAGUUGGACAUGGAAUGUUUGGAGGAAAUUCUGAUUGCAGUCGUGCAAUGCGACGAUGCUUACCCAAGGCUCAAGGUCCUAUGUCUAGAGCAGGCUGAAGAUGGAUAUCGAAGGCACGCCAAUGACUACAGUUUCUCGAAGCUAGUCGAUGUUGCCUGGGAGCGCCGAAUUGACGUAUACGUGCGGGGAAACACUAGGACGCGGUUGCAUCAGCUCGAUCUUCCCGAGCCACCAACCCUGACAUCGCUGGAGAGGUUGCGGCCACAAGCUCAGGCUGCCAAAACGGUAUUCUGUCCUUUUACUGGAGUGAGAAGAGUCAUCAGAUAUGAGAGCGAGGAUGAAACGGGGGAUGCUGAAACUCUGGUCCUUAGAGAGUAGAGAGAGGACGAAAAGGGAAGCUGGAGAAAACACCGACUGACGGCGCUUUUGCAAUGGAGAGGUGGACUUGAACAUUCACAAAGGAAGAACAUAUUGAUAUGGCUAUUUGCGUGGAUUCGAGAUCAAAAGGAAGCUAUUGAAGGAGGCAACCUGGACUUGUAGCUAUUCUCUUCAGCAUGAUUGACCGAAGUGAUUCUAGAUGAAGAAGUUCUAUAUGUUUAUUCUUCAAAGUUCCCAGGAUCUCAUGAUGGGGAAGCAGAUUUUCUUCGCUGAGAUUCAACAGUGAAUUGCUCCCGUACCCGCGUUAUACUCGAACAGUCAGGUCCCACUUAUCUGUAGCUAUCACGACAAACCUCAGCACAAACAGCCAUCGAGCCAUCAGGGACGAAUACGGUAGAAAAGACGAUAUUCAUGAUCAAAUUUUUCUAUUGAAGCAUUUGAUACUG